UCACAUCGAACAGACCGCACAAGAAGUUCGCAGCUUGCGCCCGGCUUCGUUAAAGGCACAUCGGGGUCAUCGAUCACCGUUCACUUACGCGAACAAAGACGGCCGACAUCCUUUUUGUUUGGUUAUCUGCUCCCUCCUCUUGGCUUGACUGUCUGAUGGCGAGUAAAUUAUCGGGUUAGCAAUAGAUCAGACAGUGAUGGCUUUGGAAAAUACGUGCACAAUCUGGAGUGCUAGGGAAUAAGAUCUGGUUUGUCCAUUUGCUCUCCCAAUCCAGAUGCCACCCCACAACCCUCCAAGCUUACGACUCCUAUUUACAUGAUCUACAUCAGUUCACUCAAUUCCCACAUUCUUUUUGAGCAGUGUCUUCAUGGGUUUCCCUUGUGGAAGCAUCAGUGUGCCGAACUCUGUCAGCUUCCUAAUAGUGAUAAGCCUACUCCGCUACGCGAAACUCGUCGCAAGUGUGAUCCUCAAGGGACCGAACUCUGAGGUAGUCUCAGCAGAUCAAGAGUUCGAUGUGUACCGCACCGGAUUUCACGAGUUCCCGCCGUUCUGGCCCUCCCCUUCGUUAGUUCCAGCAAAGGCAAGUGUUCUGGUGGGAGCACGGAAGAGGCUUCCCGUGGUUGAGUUUGGGGAUUUCGUGAGAUUGAAUCUGCGCGAAGACGAGGGCGCUGCCCUCUGCUCAAUCUGCCUGCAGGAGAUUGAGAGGAGGCACGAGAUCAGAGAACCGACCAAGUGUCGUCACGCGUUUCACAGAGAGUGCCUGGACGGGUGGGUGGAUGAGGGGCAUGUGACUUGCCCACUGUGCAAGACUGCCCUUUUCGAAGGCGAGGAAGAAAGGUCAAUUGUCGGAGAUCUGCGGACCACGGAGGCGAACACAAACUUCUUUCGCGAUUAUUAGUCCCAACGGAUCUGGCACGCGGCCAUGAACACAUGAUGGAUUUAGAUCCCUCUUCGUCGAGAGAAACAUCUUGUGAAUAGGAAAGUGCACGUGCAGACGAGGAACGCACAGUGAAUAAAACUACAGAACAAGCUCCAUGGCCCGAAAGGCCUUCCCGUCAAGUCUAAAAACUAGGAAACAGAGCUGGCACAAGGAUUUAUAUUAGGCAUGUACACAUACCAAUUAGGAAGUAAAGACCCAGUAAUUGCUUCAAGGACAUCAAUUAUCCUUCCUUCCACUUAAAACACAUCGAUGAUUGAUGAUGCUGCCUGAGAAAGAGU